AUGGUACUUGUUCCUACCCCCACCCCAAAAUCAACACCCACUUUAACCCUCAACCCUUUCACGCCUCAGUUUGUUUUUGCAAAACCAACAACUAUGACCUCCGUUCCCGAAAUGUCGUCUGAAGGUUUGUUUCAAUUAUUUGAGUUGUACCUUUUUUUCAUCACAAUUUUAGAGCGUACAGAAACACCCACACCACCUGAAACCCCCAAAAAGGCCCAACAAACCACCGAGAAAAGCCCAACUUCAGUGGCUAAAAAUCUAGCAUCGGAGUUUGAAAGAAUUUUUGAAAAAUCCGCACCAAAGGCCUGUGUUGAGGAAAACCUGCCCGAAAUGGAAACCCUCACAAUUGAGUAUGAUGGUCGCGAUGUGUUGGAUUUGGGGAAAAAUGUUGGAUGGAACUGGAACUAUCGCCCUUCCAGGAAUGUUGUCGCCGAACCAAAUUUUUUCAAGUUUAGUGAAACGAAUGGUCGGUACACCGUUGUGCGGAAAAUGCGCGACAAAGACGGCCGGUAUUAUUAUUUCUACCCAGAGGAAGAUUUCUAAUAUUAAUAACUGCCCAUAUUAUGACGACUGCUGUUAGAAUAACUGACUUGCGAAUAAUCAAUCUUUUUUACCUACCUAUUAUUGUAAAACAUUACUGCAAUUUUUUAUAAAAAUAUAUUACUUUUAAAUGUU